GUUUUUACCAUCUAUUUAAUAUCACCUACAACUACCUAUACGUGUAGUGAAAAGUAUUAAACUAUCUACCAUGUACCGAAUAGGUAUAAUAGGUGGCGGCAGUAACGACAGCAGGCAACUCGGAUUAAAUCUAGCCGCGAUCAAGAAUAGAGCAGUCUCGAAUUGUAUCCCGCGACAACUUCCUUUUCCUUUUUUUUUUUUUUUUUUCUUUAACUACGGCCCUUGAUGGCUGCUCUGGAUACCCCUUGGCUUACACACAUGUCGACCCCGAAAUCUACUUCCCGCGCCGACGUCGACGGUCUUAUAACUCCUUCCGAUCCUCCUCCAACCUACGCUCCUCCUACCUAUGCCUCUUUCUCUCCCGCGAACCUUUCCACUGCCGCCUCGGCUGCCAAACGAAGAUCAACUAUUCUCGUACACCAAAAAUCCCCCUUGCUAUUAGCCACGCCGCCUCAAAUCACACGCGCCCUAGCUUAUAGCCAUCCAUUUCUCUUGCCGCUUAAUAAAUUGGUGGGAUUAUUAACAUGGACAACCGGGGAUCCAUGGGAGAGUUUCCUAUUGCUCAUCAUCUUCUGGGCAGCGGUACUCUAUGGCGACGUCGUAGUGCGAUUCGCCGGUCCAAUCGUAGUAGUCAUGGGUAUAAUAGGUGGAAUGUACGGACGAAGAUAUAGUCCGUUAUCAAGUAGUGGUUGGACCGAACAUCCAAGUGUCGCCAAUAACAAGGAUAAGAAAGCAUCGGUCGCAUCGGCUGGAGGAAGCGCCAACGGUUUACAUCAACGUAACGCGAGCGAGUUUACUAGUACGAAACACCAAAAAACGUUGGACGAGAUCGUCGAUACCGUUAAAGUCUUUACGACUAGAUGUAAUAUCCUACUUGAACCCUUACUCGAAAUGACCGAUUUCCUUUCUACACAACGAACAGCUACUAGCGCAACCACCCGACCAGCCUUGACUACAUUGUUCGUUCGUAUAUUAGCCAUCACUCCCGUCUGGAUAGCAUUAACACUUCCACCGCUACGAAUCAUAACGACAAGAAGAGUUGCCUUAGUAUUUGGGACCACUCUACUUACUUGGCACUCUAGAGUAUGUAGAGUAUCACGAACGCUGUUAUGGCGAAGCGCUACGAUGAGGAAAUUAGCAAGAUUAAUAACUGGAUUACAAUUUGAAGAACCAACAAAGGCCAAGCCAGAAGGUACCAAUGGUAAACAGGCCGACCCCUUCACAGCUACUUCCAAGACGAAGAAACCAAACGGAACCGCUAAAAUCUCACCAUCCGCCUUGACGGAAGCUCUUAAACAUAGCGGCCGUGCGGGGGCUAAGGACUCGGGCGUACGCUUCACAUUUAUCAUAUACGAAAAUCAAAGGCGUUGGUUAGGAUUAGGAUGGACGAAUAGUUUAUUCGCCUACGAACGUGCGGCUUGGACAGAUGAACACAAUAAUGUAGUACCUCCUAAAGAUGAAUUCGAAUUACCAGAAGUAGAAGAUGGACAUGCGAAAUGGAGAUGGGUAGAAGGAAGUAAAUGGCGUGUCGAUGGCGCACCCGAUCUUGAUGAACCCGAUUACGACACAGAUGCUGGUAAGAAUGGGUGGAUAUUUUACGAUAACAAGUGGCAGAAUGGUCGUCGAGGAAAUGAUGGUUGGGGUCGUUGGACACGUCGACGUAAAUGGUAUCGUGAUGCUGAACUGGUUGAAAUUGCCGAUCAUUCGAAUUCACCCCCACCACCCGAGUUGCCCGCACGACCACCUCCAGUUUCUACACCUAGCUCAGAGAGGAUAGAAGUAUCUACCGUAUCCACUUCUAGUCCAGAAGUAUCGACGAAUCCAGAACCCGACAAGAAUACGUCUAGGGAAGAGGACGAUGCAGUCUCAGUCCUUAGUACCUCAUCUAAAUCGGCUAGGUUCAGGUUACCUGGUCCUUCGCUACGUCGUCGAACUACGGGUGGCACACAUAGAUCUAGAAGGACAAGCGAGGCUGCAAGUUUACGUUCGAACGAUGACGAAGGUAGUCUUACACCAGCAUUAGAAUUAGAAAUUCAAGGACAUCAAAGGGAUCAAGGUCAAUGGGGUAUCGGAGAUGAGGCUCAGAUGGGUUUAGAGUGAAGGAUAUGGGAAUUGUUAA